GAUGUGUGUGCUGAUAUGUUGCUCCUCUUCUAUCAGUCGGUUGUGGCAAGUGCUGUUUCUUUUGGGGUUGUAUGUUGGGGUGGCAAUAUGACCAAAAGGGACUGCAAUCGGCUGGACAAACUGAUGAAGAGGUGUGCAUCUGUGAUCGGGAGGAGGGUGGACUCGGUGGGAACUGUGCUGCAGAAGAGGAUGAAGGCUCUAAGCCGAAACAUCCUGGAAAAUCCCAGACAUCCUCUACAUAGCACAAUGUCGGCACAGAGGAGCACACGGAGUAACAGGCUCCUUUCACUGCGCUGCAGGACUGAGCGCUUUAAGAACUCAUUUGUCCCUUCAGCCAUCAGGCUGUUUAACAAAUCUGCCUGAUAUAAACUGGUAUUUUAUUUUAUUUUAUGAAUCUGUUAUUUUUUUAUUGGUAUUUAUUGGUAUUUAUUGUGUGUGUUUGUUGUAUUCUGUUCUGCUGCCGAACACCUGAAUUUCUCCCUUGGGAGAUUAAUAAAGUUCUAUCUAUCUAUCUCUAUCUAUCUAUCUUAAGGAAAUCUAAAGUUUUCUGAGUGUUUGUAGACAUUUCAGAGAAACCCUGUCAUUCCGUCUCAGCAUGUUUGUCCCUCUCGUUCUUGACCUUCAGUUCUGGGCUCUGUGCGGAAACGCUCUCACUCCAAAGCGCGGCAUCUUCGGGAAGGCGGGAGACCUGCAGACCAUCUUGUGUGUGGCGUCGGCUAAGGAGGACAUCACGUACUCGGGAGCGCUGAACGGGGACGUGUACGUGUGGAAGGGACUCAACCUGAUCCGGACAGUCCAGUCCGCUCACGGAGCUGGCAUCUUCAGCUUGUUCUCCUGUGAGGAGGGUUUUGCCACUGGAGGCAGAGACGGCUGCAUCCGGCUGUGGGACGUCGACUUCAAACCCAUCACUAAAAUCGACCUGCGAGAGGCGGAGCAGGGAUACAAAGGUGGGAACGUUCCUGACCGGACAAACACAGCAAAACAAAAACACGAAGAGUAUUUAUGCAAUACAACACUUUGAGUCAAAAGGUGAAUUUCCUGGACAAUUUGUAAAUUUUAUUUAAACCAAAUUCGUUUGACUCCUUGUGGAAUUUGAACAUUUAAAUUAAAAAAUAUAGUUUUGUUUUACUUGUGUAUUUAUAUAUUUUUGACAAGUAUGGACAAAUGUACUCUGCAAAACUCAAAGAAACCUUUCAUUUUUUUCUUUUUUCAUCCAAAUUUUCCAUUAAUCCUCUAAAGUUUUUGAACAUACAUCUUUCUCCCAAAAGUCCUCCGGGGUUUUUUCUCCUGCUCAUUUUUUAAUUUCAUUUACUUUUACCAGACUUAUCUGUGCCAGAAAGGGGGCGGGGCUUGUGGAGCCAGACUGAGAUCUAUGAUUGACUGUUGCGCAACGUAGCAUAUACUGGGUCUACAUAUUGUUCAUUUGAAUGAGUCAAAAACCAAAAAGGCAGUACCUUUAAAGUCUCAUUUGUAGAUGUAAAGAGCCAAAAAGAGUUGAUUUAGGGUUUGGGUACCUUGUAAACCUCCAACACUCCCAAAGGUUUUCACCACUUAGCUUGUCAGUGUUAAAAGGAACUCUGACGACAUAAUUGCUCUCCACCCCAACAGCCUAGUGGUUAGAGCGUUGGUCUAACAACCAAGACAACCAAAAAUGUCUAAUCGAGGUAGAAAAAUAAAAGUACAUAUAUGGA